AUGGUCUUCUGGCAGAAGCGCGGGUGGGGCUGCGGGUGCACCUGGACCAAGGUUGCCCUCUGGUUGGCGUUCCUGCUCCUCGCCGGGGGCCUCAUCGUCCCCUUCGUCGUCAUCAAGCCGCCGACCGCCACCGCCGACUACGGCUUCCUCACCCGCUUCGAGCUCUCCCCGUCCCCAAACUCCACGGCGAAGAAGCCGCUCCUCCAGCUCCUGUCGUACAACGCCAUGGUGCACAUUGCCCUGCCCAACCCCAACCUGUACCGGGGCAUCACGUGUCGCGCCCUCGCGGCCCUCUCCUUCAACGGCACCCGCUUCGACGAGUCCAGUGCCGUGGGGGUGGAGGACCUCUACCUUGACGCACAGGAGGAGAAAACGGUGCGCCUCGAGGUCGCCGGGGUCGACCGCAAGCUGCCGGCGGCCGGUGCGGCGGAGUUCGCCAGGCAGAAGGAGGCCGGCACGUUCGAGGUGGAGGUGCGGCUGGACGCGGUGGUGCGGUACGACAUGGCCCGCAAGACGUGGUGUCCGCUGGAUAUCAUCUGCCCGCUCCGGCUGCAGCUCGUCGACGUCGCCGCCAUCACCUUCAACUUCGAGAAGACCAAGUGCACCAUCCUCAGGGUCAAUAUCUCCGGCUGCUAG